AUGUCGUUCUCACGUCCAGUUUCUCGCGUUUCCUUUGGCUUAUCAAAGAAAUUAUCUAAACCUUUAUCAACGGCACUACCUUUCGCAAGGCAAAUUUAUCCUGUUACUAUCACUGGUGCUAUUCGAAGUUUGCACGCUUCAAAAUCUAAAUCACUUAAAGAACGACUUGAAGAAUUAAUUCCAUUGAAACAAGAGGAAGUAAAGCAAGUUAAAAAAGAACAUGGAGCCAAAAGUUUAGGAAACAUAACGGUUGAUAUGGUUUAUGGAGGCAUGAGAGGUAUCAAAGGUUUGAUUUGGGAAGGUUCGGUGCUAGAUCCCGAAGAAGGUAUUGAAUUUAGAGGUCUCACUAUACCCGAUUGUAGAAAAAGGCUUCCAGCAGCAGACGAUGGAGAAGAACCAUUACCUGAAGGAUUAUUUUGGUUGUUAGUAACUGGGGAAAUUCCAACAAAAGAACAAGUUAAAGCUUUAUCUGCUGAAUGGGCAGCUCGAUCUUCAAUUCCUUCAUUUGUUGAAGAUUUAAUUGAUAGAUGCCCAAAUACUUUACAUCCAAUGUCACAAUUUUCUUUAGCUGUUACCGCUCUACAACAUGAUUCUACUUUUGCUAAAGCUUAUCAAUCUGGUGUUAAUAAGAGUGAAUAUUGGCAAUAUGUUUAUGAAGAUGCUAUGGAUUUAAUCUCAAAAUUGCCGUCUAUUGCUGGUAGAAUUUAUAGAAAUGUUUAUAAAGAUGGCAAGGUUCCUUCUAUUGAAAUGGAUAAAGAUUUUUCUUAUAAUUUGGCUAAAUCUCUUGGAUACUCGGAAGAUAAGGAUUUUGUGGAAUUAUUAAGACUUUAUCUUACGAUUCAUUCUGAUCAUGAAGGUGGAAAUGUAUCAGCUCACACUAUGAGACUCGUCGGGAGUGCACUUUCUGAUCCUUACAUUUCAUUUUCGGCUUCACUCAAUGGAUUAGCAGGUCCAUUACAUGGUCUUGCAAAUCAAGAAGUCAUUCGUUGGAUUCUAAGGAUGAGAGAUGAAGUCGGAGAUGCACCAUCUGAUGAAAUUGUUAAAAAGUAUGUUUGGGAUACUUUAAAAUCCGGUACAGUCAUACCGGGAUAUGGUCACGCAGUUCUUCGCAGAACGGAUCCACGUUAUGAAGCACAACGUGAAUUUGCAUUAAAACGUCUUCCGAACGAUCCUCUCUUUAAAUUAGUUUCACAACUUUAUAAUAUUGUACCAGGAGUAUUACUCGAACAUGGUAAAACUAAGAAUCCUUGGCCAAAUGUUGAUGCUCAUUCCGGUGUAUUAUUGCAACAUUUUGGAUUAGUAGAACAAAAUUAUUAUACGGUAUUAUUUGGUGUUUCAAGAGCUUUAGGUGUUUUAUCUCAAAUAAUCUGGGAUCGUGCCUUGGGAUUCCCAAUUGAACGACCAAAAUCUUACUCGACCGAGAUGAUCAAAAAGAUGUUUCAUGAACAAAA